UCAUAACCUCGUGUGCAUCUUUCUUGUUUAUUGGGUGCGCGCUCAACCCACGCGUAAUAUUGAUGCGGCCACUUGCAUCUCCAAUAAUUCUUGAGCAGGCUCAUUCAAAGAGUGCCACUUGGAUAAUUCCUUGAUUCUCCGUUACUUUCGUGGGUCUCUGUGGGUGUGGGUCGAUUAAGCAUUGAUAUGUAUGAUUGAAUGUCACUGCAUUUCUUUACGGACUCCAGUUUCCUGUUGUUGCGGAUCGCCCGCACGGAACCUGUGGUUAGAUAUGACGCAUCGGUCACAGUAGGGACGCGUCUGGGAGAAGCAGAAGGGUUGCAGUUAAAAGUGAUCACCAAAUCUGGACUACAUCGGCGAAACGCGUUCACCUGCUCGUCAUGUCGAACACAGCGAAGAGCAAAAAGGAGAAAGAAAUCAUUACUGAGUAUGAGAGUCAAGUGAAAGAGAUCCGAUCUCAGUUGGUGGAGCAGCAGAAAUGUUUGGAGCAGCAGACAGACAUGCGAGUUCAGCUCUUGCUGGACCUGCAGGAUUUCUUCAGGAAGAAAGCUGAGAUCGAGAGCGAAUAUUCACGCAACCUGGAAAAACUCGCUGAACGCUUCAUGGCCAAAACGCGCAGCACCAAGGACCACCAACAAUACAAAAAGGACCAGAACUUGCUUUCUCCAGUAAACUGUUGGUACCUGCUGCUGAACCAGGUGAGGAGAGAGAGUAAAGAUCACGCCACACUAAGCGACCUUUACCUCAACAACGUAAUCACACGCUUCACGCACGUCAGCGAGGACAACAUGCGUCUGCUCAAGAAGAGCAAAGAGAUCAUUUUCCAACUGCAAGAGGACCUAAUGAAGAUUCUUAACGAACUCUACACAGUUAUGAAGACCUAUCACAUGUAUCACAGUGAGACUCUAAGUGCAGAGAAUAAGCUGAAGGAGGCUGAGAGGCAGGGUGAACGUCAGGGUUGGGGUGGAGAGGCCGUCUUUAGCCUGCGGACUGAAGAUCGGCACCAACGACGCAAUGCUUCCCGUAAGAUCCAGAAGAUGAAAGAGAAGCGCCAAGCCAAGUACUCGGAGAACAAACUGAAGGUUAUGAAAGCCCGGAACGAGUAUCUGUUGACUCUGGAGGCCACCAACGCCUCUCUGUUUAAAUAUUACAUCAACGACCUGUCGCAUUUGAUUGACUGUUGUGAUCUCGGUUACCACGCGGGCCUGAGCAGGGCAUUGCGGACCUACUUGUCGGCGGAAUACAGCUUGGAAACCUCUCGACACGAGGGCCUUGAUAUUUUGGAGGGGGCAGUGGAGGGGUUGGACCCCGGCAGUGACCGGCAGCGGUUUAUGGAAACGUACCCCACAGCGUUCACUCCUCCUGCACGCUUCAACUUUCAACCACACUUAGGAGACCAGGUGAGUCAAAUCACGGCACUGCCGCAGGUGCAAGCCGAGCUCCUUCUCCGAUUCCAGCAGCUGCAGUCUCGCCUCUCCACACUGAAGAUCGAAAAUGAGGAGGUGAAAAAGACAUCAGAAGCCACCCUCAGCACUAUCCAGGACAUGGUGAAUAUGGAGGACUAUGAUGUGUCAGAGAGCUUCCAUCACAGUCGCUCCACUGAGUCUGUCAAAUCCAGCAUAUCAGACACUUACCUCAGCAAACCCAGCCUGGCCAAGAAACGUGCCAACCAGCAGGAAACCGAGCUCUUCUAUUUCACAAAACUAAAGGAGUAUCUCGAAGGAAGCAAUCUUGUCGCUAAACUGCAAGCCAAACACGACAUGUUAAAGAGGAGCAUAGCAGAAGGAUACAGAGCUGACAUCAUGACAACCAGCCGUCGACGCAACUCCCACAGCAGACACCAGGACUCUGGGAAGGCUAUCCCUUUGAUUGUGGAAAGCUGCAUUCGCUUUAUUAAUCUAUAUGGUCUGCAACACCAGGGUAUUUUCAGGGUUUCGGGCUCACAGGUUGAAGUCAAUGACAUUAAGAACUCUUUUGAACGAGGCAACGACCCCUUGACUGACGAGGAAAAUAACCAUGACAUUAACUCAGUGGCGGGUGUGCUGAAAAUGCACUUCAGAAACCUGGACAACCCUCUUUUUCCAAAGGAGAAGUUCAACGAUCUCAUCGCCUGCAUCCGAACUGAAAGUCUGUAUGAGCGUGCCCUCUCCAUCCGGAAAAUACUGAUGAUGACACCACGACCAACACUGGUGGUCAUGAGAUACCUGUUUGCAUUCCUCAACCAUUUGUCCCAGUACAGUGACGAGAACAUGAUGGACCCUGGAAAUCUCGCCAUCUGCUUUGGUCCGACUCUGAUGCCCACUCCGGACCUCUUAGACCAGGUCUCCUGUCAGGCACACGUCAACGAGAUCAUCAAAACAAUCAUAAUCCACCAUGAGACCAUCUUCCCUGACACCAAAGAGCUGGAAGGACCAGUUUAUGAGAAAUGCAUGAGCAAUACUGAGUACUGUGAAAGUCCAUACAGUGAACCGGGAGCGUUUGAGGAGGGAGAACAGGAUGGUGGGACAGAAACACAGACGAGUGAGGAGGAGGGUGAGCCUGUAGAGGCCAUAGCCAAGUUUGACUAUGUGGGCCGCUCUGGACGAGAGUUGACGUUUAAAAAAGGUGCCACACUGCUGCUGUUCCAGAGAGCGUCUGAAGACUGGUGGGAGGGACGACACAACGGCAUCGAUGGGCUCAUACCACACCAAUACGUCACACUGCAGGAUGAUGAGGCAAUGUCAGAUACUCUGAGUCAGAAAGCAGACAGUGAGAUCAGCACCACACCUUCAGAUGAAGUGAGCUCCAGACUCUCCCUGACAUCCCCUACUGAACCAAGACUACCAGAGACCUUCAUCAGCCGACACAGGAAGAGGACAGAGGCCCUCCUACGCCGGGUCCCUGGUCGUCUAAGUGAUGGCCACUGCCAUGGCAACGGGCUGGAGCGCAGCUCUCCACCAGUAACAGUGACCGUAACGGGGCAUUUUAGCCCUCGGGAGCUGCUGCGUGGGAACAGCUGUGCCCUGGACAGUCCCGAGCACCACAGACGCACUGGACACAACGCCACCUCCAACGGCACUGUGACAGCCAACUUCAGCCGACACGAAUCCCUGCGCAGAGAGAGGGAGCGAGAGAGUCCUCCAAUACGCCAGUCACCAUCCAUACUGCACUGUGGACUACCCGUGCAACGCUCUCAGACGUUGAACCCUCACACUAUGACACAGGAAUUACAGGAAACUAUGAGUCUGGCAUUGAACGAGCUGCGUGAGCUGGAGAGGCAGAACGGCAAGACCGCAGCUCCUGACCUGGUGCUGGACACCCUGGAGCAGGUGAAGAGCAGCCCUUCUUGCCCAUCAGGCUCCACCCCCUCCAGUUUAUCCAGCCCGUCUGAUUCCCCGAGUCCUCUCAGCCCUAUAAGCCCCCUACCUCCUCUCCCCCCACUGCCCGGCCCUUUGUCCCGCCGCUCCAACGACCCUGUGGCCACCUUCAAACCUAUUGCUUCGCCCCGCAUGGGCGUUACUCUCCGCCCACCCGUGCUACGCCCCAAACCGCCUGUUCUCCCCAAAGCCAACCCUCCACCUUCCCAGCAACCUCCUAAUCCCAGUCCAAGCUUUGGCAGUGACAAGUCUGGCACUUUGUGAGCCAAUCCAAAGGGUCCAUCUGAAGGAAACAGGGUUUAAAACUGGUCUAGACUAAAGAACGUAAACAGGGUCAUUAUCUUAAUAAUGAGACGAUUUUAUGGCCAGUAGCUAGUUUACAUGCAGAAAGUUUAGCUAGAAUUAGUCUAUGAUAUUAUAUUCAUAAAUGUUGUCAGGGUGGUGUGUGUGGUGUGUGUGUGUGUGUGUGUGUGUGUGUGUGUGUGUGUGUGUGUGUGUGUGUGUGUGUGUGUGUGUGUGUGUGUGUGUGUGUGUGUGUAUAUUCUCAAAGCGAAUAGGACUUUAAGGUGUCCAUGUGUAGAUACAUUUAUAAGGAACAUAUUCAGAGACAGUGGAGAGAGAUUUUUUUGUCCAGGAAGUACUGUUAUUCGGGAGCUGUAGAAUGGGAAAUUUUAGUGCAAUGUAUUUUCAAUGCUAUGAUUUGGGCCUUAAUACCACAAAAGCAAUUGAGUUGUUCUUUAUAAGUUGCUGCUGCUUUCUUUUAUGCUUCGAUUCAAAUGGCCGAGCCACAGGGAUACUGUUGCCUAUUGGGAAAAUGGUUAUACACUUAUUGAAAAUUGAUACGGAAUGUGGUUUUCAAAGCCACGCACCUAGCCUUCCAUAGAAGAACAAGAAGAAGAUAGAAUGUAUUAAAUGAAUGUUCCACGUUUUUUCCACACUAAAUACCAGAUAAACCUCCCCUUUUACUGUGGAAAUGUUACAUUGAGGCCUGAUUGGACAACGUGGGAGGGAUGGAACUCAUAACAUUCCAAAAGCUAAAUUUGGUCACACCUGUCUGAGGUUUCGGCAAACAAAAAAUAAGGGAGGAUUGCGAAGAAAAUUACAAAAUAAUGGAAAUUCGCUGGAAGGAAUCUUGACUUCUGCCACCAGGCCACACCCUCCCUCAGGUCGUUCUUGUAAAAAAUGUCCACUGCUGCUCCACUAAUGGACUAUAAUGGUGUUCAAUCCUUCAUUUUCAAUGUCCCCUGUGCUUCCAGUGUACGUGUGUAUGUACAAUAUUGUCAAUGGCAGACUCUCUUUGGCACACACUAACUAUACAUGAUUAACAGGCUCUCCUGUGUGGAUGUGGGGUU